AUGUUGGAUUUUUGUUUGGUGUUGUUCCAGGAAACGUCCGAUUCGCCGCACGUUGUCGCCGCUGGCAGCAUCUCGGUUAGCGCUGGCGGUGGCGGUGGUGGCAAUGUCGCAUGUUCCACAUCGGCUGCUGCCGCUGCCGCAGCGAUUGCUGCGUCGGCCGCCUCCACCUCACACAGUCUUGACCAAUCGCAAACACCGCCGCCCCUCUAUCAAUGCAUAUAUUGCGGCCACACAUUCCAGCACCAAAGCAAGCUAACGCGACACAUACUCUCGCAUUCGCUAAAAACGCUGGAGUAUCGCGAGACCGCACAGCAUCCGCUCUUGCAUUCGCAUUUGCUGUCGCACGACCUCAAUUUGGCGCAGUUGCCACAAUUUACCACGUACCAAAUGAAUGCUGCCGCAUUGGCGGCCAGCGGCGCCGAUACUCAGGAACAACAAGCAGCUGCCGCUGUUAUGGCUGCCGCCAUGGAGCUGGCGGCCACAUGCGGUAGUGUUGGUGCGCGUAGCGCACUCGAUCUCGACGGCAGUGGUGGCCGACUUGGCCACGGCGGUGGUGUGGGUGGCGGUUCGGCUACGGACAAUUGCGGCAUUGGUGGCACGUCAGCGGGUAGUGGCGGUAUGGUAUUGAGCGGCGCUGGUUCGUCGUCUUCUUCGACAUCGGCAGCGGCGGCGGCAGCGGCCGCAGCUGCGUUGGCUGCAUCGUCGUCGUCAUCGGGCGCAUUGCUGGGCGCCUCAUCGAGUGGCGCCGAUCCGAAUGGCGUUGUGCUGUGCAAAUUUUGUGGCAAAAGUUUUCCCGAUGUCCACGUGUUGAUCGGCCAUCUGCCGGUGCAUACGGGCGAACGACCGUUUAAAUGUGAAUACUGUGGCAAGGCGUUCAAGCUGCGCCAUCAUAUGAAAGACCAUUGUCGCGUCCACACGGGUGAACGUCCCUUCCGUUGUCACAUGUGCGGGAAGACCUUCUCACGUUCAACCAUACUCAAGGCGCACGAGAAAACCCAUUUUCCCAAGUAUGUGCGCAAAUUUCUCUCACCAAGCCCUGUCGACACAAAGGAUGAACUACCACAAUAGUGAAGCGACUUUAGCUUGCUACUAAACUACUACUAUUAUUAUUACUACUACAACUACAACAUACAGGAUAAUAAUAAUUAUAAUUACUACAACUGACGAUGAGCGAUCGUGAUCUAUACAUAGUUAGCGGUGACCGACCGCAUGUAAGAUCAUGAUCAAGACACCACGAAACAGGUAAAAGGGAGGAGUUGAUGCAGCUGAAGCGGUGCCGACUUUGCUGAAAUACAAACAAACAAACAAACAUACAUAUAAAGUAAUCGAUGACAAACCUCGACGACAAAGAAUUUCGUGGCUGAGCGCCGAGAGUGCUGCCACUUAAUAAUUUAUUUAAAGAAUACAAAAACUAAAAGAAAGAAAAACGCUAGUAAAACUAAAAGUCUGCCUGAGCAUACAAACAGCAGCAAUUAUAUACUUAUCUUAUACAUAUUUGUAACGUAAAUACAUACAUAUAUACAAGAGAAUAAGUGGUAGAAACAAAAGAGAGAGAGAGGGAGAGUGUAUGUGAAAAAGAGACACAUAUAUUAUGAUACAUAUGAAAGAGAAAAGCUGAGAAGCAGCACAUAUGCAUGCACACAAUACACUUACAGUUAUAUACAUAUACCGUUAUUUGAGAGGGAGCGUAAGUGAUGCAAAUGACGAAAGCUAAAGUUAAAGUAAAUAAGUAAAAAUUGUCAUUAUAUACAUACAUACAAGUAUAUACAUAAAACCCCAUAUAUAUAUAUAUAUAUAUAUAUAUAAAUAUAUAUAUACAUGCAUAUAUAUAUUUAAAAUAGUUGUAAAAAAUAAUAAUAAUUAACGCAAGCGACAAGCGAAAGCGAAUAGUGAGUGCAGUGUAGAAAUUUUAGGUUAGGAGCGAAGCUAAAAACAAACGCUAAGCGUAAAUGCAAAAUUUUAAUUGCAUUUUUUUACAAAUAGGAUUUGUGUACAGAGUGUGUUGAGCAGGCGAGUUAUAUGACACUUAGAAAUAAGCGUUAGUGAGUAAAGCGGUAGGCAUGAGUGCGCGAUACGCAACAGAGAACUCAUGCGUAGCACAACAAGAGAGCAAGCAGUUUGCGCUCAAUGAAAAAUAUACACAUAUGUACAUACUAACAUAUGUAUGUGUGUGUGAGUAUAUGAAAUAGUGAGUCCUAAAUGCUACAACUGUAGGAGAGUAGCAAAUGUAAUAGAGAGAGAGAGAGCGCCGUAGCUAACUGCGCUUUUACAGACAGACAUACGUUAUGCAAGUCAUAUUCUUUUUUUUUUUUCUAAUUAGUAACCUAUGUAUUUUAUUAAACUACAUUUGUAUGUGUACUUUAAAGUUUAAGUGAAAGGAAGUAGUUCUAAGAGAGUUACAGUAUAGGAAGCUCGUUACGGUUAAAGAGAGAAAGAGAAGAAGGUAGGUAGGUUGCGUUUAGAAAGAACCAAACAAGUAUAAGGAUGUUACCGUUAAACAGAGAAGAGACGAAGAGAGGUUGGUUGCGCAUAUGGAGGGAAAGAGACGAAGAAAGGUAGAUUGCGAAUAUAGACAGAAAGAGACGCAUAGAAGCCGGUUACGGAUAGAGUGAGUGAGAGAGACGCAGUUAGAGAGCGUGACAAGCAAGAGCGAGAGAGCAAUGUGUAAGCUGAACUUUCAAUUUAUUACAAAGCAGACAUAACUUGCUUAGCAGAAUGCCCAAGUAUAGACAGAACAGAAAAUAAGUUGAGCAAUUUUCAAGCUAGAUUUUUUUUUAGUGUUACUAAUGCUUUCAUUGUACAGUUAAAUAAUGUGUAUUAUAUGGUUUUUGUUACAUAAUACAAUAUAAAAAAUAUGUACAUGCAGACACAAGAAUAUGGAUGUGUGUAGAUAUUAUUAAUUUUUUCACAAUUAACCGUUAGCUGCAGCGCGUAACCCAGCGUUUGCAAGAUCUCAUGUGAUCCGUUUUUUUUAUAUACAUAUGUAAAACAAACAUAUAUACAUACAUACAUAGCAGCGGCCUCACCUUUGUUGGUGAGUGAUUUAAGCAUAUAACCCCCUUCAACACAUAUGCGCUUACAUAUGCAUGUACAGUUAUGUUUGAAAACGAAUCCAAAUAAUUAUCGUUUACAAUAUCGCUAAUAUAUAUACAGCUACAUAGUACAUAUAUAGCAGCACAGUGACACAAAUAUCAGUAAAUAUUAGAAAUUAUAGCGAUUCUUCAACAAAGUCAUGGUUGUUUAUGCGCAUGCGCGCACUUUAUUUUCAAAUUUUCAACAUGCUUGGAGACAAGACUUGGGUUUGCAAGCGCUAGGUUCUCAAUAGGAAUUGCAAUUACCGUUUUUGUUAGAUGUUUUCAAACCGGUUUUGUUUUUAAAACAGUUAUAGUCAAUAAUAUACAUAUAUACAUACAUAUAUACAGUCUUAUAAAAUACAUAGUUACGAAAUAUACAUAGGCAAAGUAAUAAAUGGCAUUGCAAAAACAAACUUACAGUACGAUAGACUUUUUUACAACAACAUAGUUGAGCAAUAUGAGCUUUUUACAACAAACAAUAACACAACAAUUACAGUUACAAUAGAAUAAACAAUUGGUGCUAAUAAACUACAAACUUACAUAGAAUGAAACAUGUAACGUCAAUACAAAAGUACACAUACACAUACACACAUAUUUUGCAUAGAAGAACAGCGAGUUACAAAUUAAAAACGAUUGCCUACAAAAACAAAUACUUUACAUAAUUAUGUAACAUAGUAAAGGUUAUGUUGAAAGCUCUUGUAAAAUAUUUUCCGUAAAUAGAUUGAAUAUUUCUUACUACAAAUGGAUUUGCGAUUUGGAUGAUAUACUUAUAUUUCAGUUUCGAAAGCUCAAAUCCCAUUUCGAAAGUUAGUUCUUGCCUUCAAAAAUUUCUUAUGUGUAAAACUGGAACGAAAGCUCUGUAUUCUACACACAUAUUUCCUAAAGCUCUAUACGAAAGCUCUACUAUAUUCAACAUACUUCCCAAAGUGAAGCUUUAGUUUCGAAUUUCAUGAAAGCCUCCACAAAAAGUAAUAUAAAAUAUCAAUUAGUAAUAUGAUUAAAUUUCAGUAAAAAAAUUUUAAGCUUUGAAAGCUUUCAAACCACGAAUUUGAUAAACAGCUAUUUAACAAAAAAAAUUUUAAUUUGUUUUUCAUACUUGCAUAAGUUUUCCACAUUUGAAUUAUUGAAAUAUUUGGUUUUUGACUAAAUUCAUAAAAAGCUCUCAUUCGUACUUUUUAUACUUUUUACAUAGAAUUCACAGAUAAGUUACUCGUAUCCAUUUCAAAGUUUAAAAAAUAGUCCCUAAUUUCUAAAAUUGCUUGUGGAGCAAGUUUUGAAAAGUUCCGUAUACAACCAUUUUUCGCUAUAGCUGACUUUUUAAACUUUUUGCUUGUGAAGCUUUUCUAUAAACUCACAAUUUUUCGAAAGUUUCGUAUAUAACCAUUUUUCACCGAAAUCGAUUUUUAAGCUUUUACGAGUUUUCAUUUGAACUUUCAUUAUGGUUAAUUUUGAAAGCUUUACAAUUUAAACUUUUUCAAGCAAGCUUUAUUUGCCAAAUUUGUGAAGCUUCCAACAAAUUUUUCACGGAAGCCGUUUUUUUAAAUUUCAAUUUUUUAAAAGUUUCGUAUGCAACCAUUUUUCACCGAAGUCGCUUAUUAGACUUUCUCGAAUUUCCGUUUGAGCUUUUCAAGCAAGUUUCAUUUGCCAAAUUUGUUAAGCUUCUAAAACAUUUUUUACGGAAACCGUUUUUUAAACUUUCGUUUGAACUUUAAUUGUGAUGAAUUUCGCAAGUUUUUAAGUUUAUAGAACUUUUGUAGGGCUUUCUAAACUUUCGCGAGCUUUCGUUUGAACUUUUAUUGUGAUGAAUUUCGCAAGCUUUCAAGUUUAUAAGAACUUUUGUAGGGGUAAACUUUCACUAGCUUUCGUUUGAACUCUUAUGACUAUGAAUUUUGAAAGCUUUCAAGUUUAUAGCAUUUGUAUGAGUACUUUAUUACUUCCAAAGUAAUUUUUCAUUGAAGCCGCUUUAGUUGAUAUUUCAUUGCGGUGAGUUCCGCAAGAUUACAGUUCAUAAAAGCUUAUAGUUCUCUGAAAAUUUCCAUUCAAAAUUUUUUCAGCCAAAUAUUGUUGAUAAAACUUACAAUGAGCUUUGAACUUUUAUUGCGGCGAAUUUUGUAAGCUUUCAAAUUUAUAAGAGCUUUUGUAUGGGAACAUUAUUAUUCAAAAAAUUUUCAACAUGAAAUUUCUUAAAAAAGCUUCAUAUCUCAAAUUUGUAAAACUUUCAAAGAAAAAAUUGUUAGAGCUUUUUAUAUAGCAAAUACAAAAAAACAAGCUUUUAUGUGCAUACUUUAAAAUAUUUGGUUAUGACUGAAGAACUUUCAAUACAACUAAGAAGUAGCCUAGUGAGCUUUAAGCUCCGCAAGUUUCGUUUGCCCAUAAAAAUUAUCACAUACGUUAUACAAAUAUCUUAUAGCUCAGACAGACAGAAUUAUGUAGCUUUUACACAAAGCUUUCACGAAAGCUUUUCAAUAGCUUUUUAUUUCCCAACAUUGACUUCUUUACUUUAACAAAAGUACGAAAACUCACACAUGCAACCCAAUGAACAGACAUGUGCAUAUACUACAUACACGCAUACAAACAUAACCCCAAAGAAAAUAAAGAAAAAAUACAAUAACAACACUAAAGGACUCAAAAUAAAAGCAUUAAAUAAACAAGUUUCAAUAAAAGCAAAAAAUAGUGAGGAGCGAUAAAAAAAUAUAUGUAAAUGUAGUUUGUUAGAAAAUGAGAGGAAAGUGUAGAUAAGUAUGUAUUUCGAAAAGGACUGUGGAGAGUUUUUAAGGCAAAAUAGAGAUAAAAAAACACUUAAAAGUACACAAAAAUUUCUAUAAGGCUUAAUAAAUUACGUAGAAAAGGCGACAUAGCGUAGCAGAGAAAAGACACUGAGCAAAAUUAGGAACAGCAAGCGAGCGAUAAAAUAAGAAACUUCAAUUAGUUGGCGUUAAAGAGGCAGAGCAGACCAAGACCGAAGGGAGCGAAAGCGAGAGCGAUAAAAAGUAAACAGAAAAUUUAUUGCAUAGAGAAUAUCUGUGAUCUUAACGAUAUUUAUAAAAUACAUACAUAAAAAAAUAAAACAAUUAAAAAGCAUACAUAACAAAUCAAAGAAAAUGAACACAACAACACAAAAAUAUAUAAAAGAAAACCAAAAUAAAACUGAAAAUAUUUUAAGCAUAAAAAUAAGAAAACGGCGAAACAAUUUCAGCAUAAUACAGUUAAAGAGGCAAGAAAAUGAAAAACAUAAGUAAUAAAAAAAAUAUGCAAAUAUCGUAGAAGCGUACACACACAUACAUACAGACAUGUGAGUAAUAUUAUAGAGCGCAUUGGAUGAGAGCAGCGUUUUAGAAAUGAAAAGCAAAGCGCGCAUGCGCAAAGUUCUAUCAAAUGCUAUGCUUUGUUUUUGUAUGUAGGGCAAGUAGCAAGCGAAUAUAGUUUCAUUUUCAUAUUUUAAGGCGAAGGAUCACAACAGGCCACAUAAACAGUACUUGCGGACAGGCAUAAUUAGCUUUAUAUACAUAUAUUUCGGCUUAUAUGUAUAUACUAUAGACAUAUAUAUAUAUAUAUAUAAAUUAAAUAUAUAACUUAAUACCCACUCACACUCACACACACACACACACGCAGAUAAACACACAUAUACUUGCACACAUGCACGGUUAUUUUAUUUAGAAAGCUUUCGGCUAACAGUUAUGCAUAGAAAAAAACAAAAACAAUAUAAAUUGUAAUAUUAAAAAUUAAAGUGUAAAAUAAAAUACUUUUUCGGCACUUUGGCAUAUAUUUAAGUUGGAAACAAUAAUACUUUAUGUUUAUUCUUUUUAUAUUUUGUGUAAUAUAAACAAAAACAAAAAAAAAACACAUUACUUCUACUUUCUCUGUAUGCAAAUAUAUACAUAAAUAACUGCAUAUAUAUGUAGGUCUAUAUAACCGAUAUAUACAUGUGUAUACAUUUUCCCUUUUUUCUUAAUAUAAUUUUGGUUUCUUUGGAAUUUACGCCUGCAAAAGCGUGUAAAAUUAAUAAAAUUAACAAAUUAUCUAAAGUUUAUAUAACAAAACAAUAUUUAUACAUACAUACAUAUGUACUUUUAUGUAAAGCAUACUCUAUAAGGUAGUGAGACAAAAAGUUAACACAAACAGACAUAUUUAAAGCAAAACAAAAAAAAUUAUAAAAAAAAACAAAAACAAAAUUAUACAUUGUAAAAAAAUUGUAUAAGUGCAUACAAAAUUUCUAUUUAGGUAAAAGCAACAGCAAAAAAAAAAUAUGAAAAACUUUAGAAAUAGCAAGCAUGAAAAGGUUUAGCAAGAAAAGUUUAGGAAAAAACACUUUUAGGCAAAAAAAAAAACAGAAAAAAAAUAUUUCGAUAAUGAAAAUAUAUACACACAUACUAACAUAAGAAUACAAAUGCAUAUAUAAGUCUUGCACAAUACAUGCAUACAUACAUAUGUGCACAGGCCCCCGCUGACGUUAUAGUAACCCCUGCUAGGAGCAACCGCUAAGAAAAAGCAACAACAAAUUUUGACUUGCUUAUAUGAUAUGAAAAUUAAAUUAGUUUUUUUUAUUAAUAUGAGAAAAAAUUUGUAUUGAGGGCUUAAAAUUUGAGGUGUAGAAAUGUUUUGCUCCAAAUUUUAUGGAAGAAUUCAAAAUAUUUUGUUUAAUUUUCGCUUUUUGCUUAUGUUGCAAAUUUUUACGAAGACCAGCAUUUUCCACGGUUUUAUUGCAUACAUUUGGGCGCUUAAGCUCAAAGCUUUUGCUUUCACGUGAUAUGCUACUUCAAAGCUUUCUCCAGCUAAAAGCUUUCAAGUUUACAUUUUCUAAAAGAAACUUUUAAGCUAAAGCUUUCAGUAAAACUUUUUCGGUAUUCACAUCCUUAUUUUACCAAAUUUAAAAGCUUAAGUAUAUUACGUAUAUACUAAUUUUCAUAACAAAACUCUACUUUUUGCGACACAUUGAAUAUAAGAGCUCGACUAUACAUAUGUACUUUCUGAUUUUCUAAACUUAUUUCUACUAUUUCGGAUAUAUUAUUUAAAAAAUUUUUUCUGAGUGCAUUCGGAAAAAUUUAAAUUUAUUUUUCGUUUCAAAGAGCUUUUGAAAAGUUGUAAGUAUUUAUUUCACCUUUCCACUAGCUUUUGAAUAGUUGCAAGUAUUUUUUAAAAAUACUAUUUGAAAUAUUUUCGAAACAUUAUUUAAUCUGAAAAAGAAGCUUUUAGGCUUAAUUCUGAUAAAAUUUUCGUUUCGGAGCUUUUAUGGUAUAAAAAAUAAUGUGAAAAGUCUUAAAAGCUAAAUUCUUAAAAAUAUUAAUUUUAACUCGUAUGCAUGCGAGUACUCUUUGCCUUGUCAAGAAAGCUAUAUAAAAUUUUUUUAAAUUUUUUUAAGCUUUUCAAAAAAGCUUCCUACUUUUUAACCGCAGUGGUCAAAAUUUGUUCAUAAAGUUUUUGAACUGAUAGCUUUCGACACUUUCAAAAGGCUGCAAGCUGAGUUGUACAUGAAGCUUAAAGUUGUAUUUUCCCAAAGAUUUUUCCCAAACAAGCUUUCAUAUGCUUCAACCAAUAAAACGAAUUCUUUCUGUGAAUGUUACCAGUUAAAUUAACUGAGUUCUACAGGAAACUUAAAGCUGUGCAUCACAAAAGCUUUUCGCAAACAAGCUUUCAUAUACUUCAUGCGUAAAUGUUUACAGUAAAAUUGUCUGAAUAAAGGUUGUUUACUUUUAAUAAGCUGCGAGACGAAUUCUAUAUGAAGCUUAAAGUUGUGCUUUCACAAAAGCUUUCACCAAACAAACCUUCAUUUCCUGCCUGAAUAUAUGCAGUAAAGCUGUUGGAAUAAAGGAAAAUCACAUUAUAUGUUGUCUUCUUGAAAGUUUGGGGUUAAAAAUAACUUUUAGUUUUUAUAAACUUUAUUUUGAAAUUACGUUGCCAUUUCUCUCCCUGCCCCGAUAUGCCAAAUUAAAAAUUGCUGCUUUCUUAUUUCUUAUAAAAUAUUUUUCCAAUAUAUGUAUAAUAAUUAAUUUACUAUAUAAUUUUUCUCUAAUUUCGCUGGCGCGCAUAACAGUUAAAACAGAUGCUGGUUCGCUGGCGUUGAAUAGCUAAGGUAUAAACAAAUAAAAUGUGUUAAAAAAGAUCUCAAAAUUAUUAUCGUAUUAAAUAAUGAUGAAAUGGUGGAACGCGUAUGUGUAAGGUAAUAAACGAAAAAGCAAAAAUAAUAAUAAAAGAAAACAAAAACAAUUGCAAAAAAAUUGUUAUAAAAAGGAAUUAAGUUAAGCCAUUCAGCGCCACUGCUGCAGCAUCGCAACAAAAAAAACGAACAUAAACUAAAAUUUUUCCGCUGAUGCGACAUUGAUUACUGAAAAAACUACUUUUUAACGCACUGCACCUUUUUAAUUUUUUUUAUGAAUAUUGCGCCACUAGAGUCUCGUUAAAUUUAAGCUUACCUAACUAUAUACACGGAAGUAAAACAAACCUUAGGCAAAAUUCAAAAUUCUAAAUUCAAAAAAGAAGAAGAAGAACUAUAUUAGUAAUAUAAAAAAAACAAAUUACAUAAAAAAACAAGUCAACACGCGUGAAACCCCCUUUCGGCAACAACUUUUGGAUAAACAAUUUGGCUGUGAUAGUGUUAAAAAGUACAUUCAUGAGAAAUAAAAUUGAAUGUGUGUGUAAAAAAAACAUUUUAGCGUAAUUAGAAUUAUUAUAAUUUCUCUCUCAUUUUAUAAACUAUACAAAUAUAUUAUAAUUUUUCCAAAUUUUUUAGGCAGUAUUAAAUUUAUGAUAAAUAUUUAAAAAUUAAUAAUAAUAAUAAUUAAAGAGAAAAGCGAAAAUGUGAUGUUAAAAAUUUUUUAAUUCGAAAUUAUUGCGAUAACAUGUAGACUUAAAGCAACAACAAAAACAACCAAUGCACAAAACCCAACACACUGAUAAAAUAUAAAAAAAUUAAAAUUAAAUUUUAGGCAAGCCAGCAAUGCGAAGCUAAAGUAACCUAAAUGAUAUGUAUACAUAUAUAUGUAUAAAAUAUAUAUAUAUAUAUAUGAAAGAAAAACAAAAUUGUGAUUUUCGGCCUUUUAUGCAAAAUUAAACUUUUAGGCAAACUUAUAAAAAUAAAUUAGUAAUAAAUAAUAAUAAAAUAAAUAUUUAAUAUAUAAAUUAAAAAAAAAUUGGUGCGUAGCGUAAACGCAAUUAAAAGCAAAUGGAAAAUUGCGUAAAAAAUUUUUAACAAACAUAUUGCGGCGUUACAAAUUAUGAAAGCUUUAGAAAGCUUCAAUAUUUGAAAAGAAAUAUGAAAGCUUUAGAAAAGCUUCAUUAUUUGCAAAAAAAAAUUAUGCAAGCUUUAAAAAAGCUUUAGCAUUGGCACAAAAGUUUUGAAAGCUUCAGAAAAGCUUCCAGAUUUCCAUAAAAAUUAUGAAAGCUUCAGAAAAGCUGCAAGAUUGGCGCACAAAAGUUUUUAAAGCUUAAGAAAAGCUUCUACAUUUGCUUAAAAAUUAUGAAAGCUUGGAAAAGCUUCUACAUUUGCAUAAGAAUUAUGAAAGCUUCAGCAAAGCUUCAAUAUUGGCACGUAAAAGCAUUGAAGUGCGAACGAGUCGUGACAGAAAGAUCUCAAAAUUAAGCAUAUUAAAGAAUUUCAAUAAUUUCAUGCGUAAAUAUAUACAUAUAUUUUUAUAUAAUUUGUGCGCAAUUUUUUUGUAUUUUUUUUUAAUAUAAAAAUGUGUAAGUGCGCGUAAAAAGUAGUUUUCGCCGUCUCUGCUAAAUAAUUUAUAUUUUUUUUAAGUUUUUGCUAAAGAAAAUGUUUGUGUAUGCUAAAACAUUCCAUACAAUUAGCUUAUGUCUUCAAUUUGUCAAAAAAAAAUGUUCGUUCAAAAAUAAUUCACAAUAAAAAUAACUGUUAAGUGCGCCAGCAAGACAAGUUGCAAGCAGCACAUAUUUUUUUAGUGUUAUGUAAAGUUAAAAUUUUUAUUUACUCUUUUCAUGCCACGUAUUUUCUAUUUCUAUUUUAAUGAUGUGUACAUAUUUACUUAUUUUUGUAAAAAAAAAAUAUUUUUAAAAUUACUACUUUUUGCUUACAAAAAAAUUUUCAAGCUAAUAAUAAGCAGCGAAAAUAUUAUGAUAUAUUUUAGGUUUUUUUCUUGUGUUAAUUUCGUAAAAAAAACAAAAAAUUUAUUUUUUGAAUAUUGUUAAAAAUUUUAAUUUUCAAAAAAAUCAAACUAAAAAUUCAAAAUUUUACCACACUAAAACACACACACACAUGUCCCCAAGAAACGUGUACACACUUUUCCAAGUAACACGCCUCACACAAACUACUUAUCUAUCUAUACAUACACAACACCAACAACAAUCGCCACGAUGAAUUUGUAAUGUUAAUUAAUUAUUAAAUAAACCGUUAAUUUUAACAAAGCGUAUAAAACAAGAAGCGACUUAGCCAUAAGCCAUUGUUAUUUGAGUAAACGUUAAAUGAUUUAAAAAUCCAAAUGAAAUAAAAAUAAAAGAUAUCAAGAAAUGAAAACAAUAAAAAACAAAAACAAACAA